CCGAAGGGAAAGAAGAAGAACGGAAGGAACAGAGGGGGCAAAGCCAACAACCCCCCGUACCUGCCCCCCGAGGCUGGAGCUCUGGUAGCGCAGUGGUUAAGAGCUUGGCCACUAACCAAGAGGUCAGCAGUUCGAAUCCACCAGCUGCUCUUCGGAAUCCCUGUAGGGCAGUUCUACUCUGUCCUAUGGGGUCGCUAUGAGUUGGAAUCUAUUGGAAGGCAAUGAUUUUUUUGGUUUUCGUUCCUCUUAGGAAGACCCAGGGGAAGAGCCUAACCCAGGAGUUAUCAAACUGUAGCAUGCGUUAGAAUCUCCUGGUUUGCUGGGCCCCUCCUCUAGAAUUUCUGAUUCAGUAGGUCCUGUGUUUUAUUUUUCAGGCCUAGACUAUCAUACUCUUCUGAAGUCACCCAUCCUAUUUUACAUGCCUAGCAAAGUGCUAAAAUGUUUCUAGAGCAUCUUUGUUGAUGGGAAAAAAUCUCCCUUACACUCCAUGAGGUGGAGAUUAUUGGUGAAGACCUGUCAGAACCUGGAAGCCAUGGGGCUGAGAAAGGAUGGAAUGAUAACAGGAAGGGACGAGGAAACUGAAAUGGCUGGGGAGGAAGAGUGCAGAAAUUCAGGACUGACAGAAUAGUUAAAUCCAUAGAGACAGAAGACAGAUUAGUGAUUGUCUGGGUCCGGGGAGGGGGCCAGGGGAGUAAGGAGUGACUGCUAAUGGGUCUGAAGUUUCUUUUGGGGAUGAUGAAAAUUUUCUGGAAUUAGAUAACUGAGUGGUGGUUGUAUAACCUUGUAAUAUACUAAAAUUCACUAAAUUGUACACUUUAAAAGGGUGAUUUUUAUGGUAUGUGAAAUAUAUCUCAAUUUUUUAAAACGCCCUUAGCAAAGUAAAGAAAAUAAAUGCAGGACUGAGGCAAGGAUCCUCCAGACUCUUGUGGAGGUAAAGCAGAAGGAGGAGAGUGGACUUCAGACUGUUCCCCUACUCUUUGGGGAUUGUAGGAUCUUGUAGAAAGAGGUUCCUGGUUCAUGGAGCCCAAACCCUCUCCCCUCCUUAACCUCACCCCAUUUAUCCUUGCACCUGAGAGGGGAAGGCUCAAUGAGAUGCUUUUGUGAUGGGUCAUCUGAUUGAGGGAGGAGGUAGAAGAGAUUGUGGGGUGGAUUCAGGAUUUCACCUCAACUGAGGCACCAGGAUUAUGGGACAAGAGGUGAAAAGCCAUUGCGAGUCUGGUUUUAUGGAGUCUCUCCCCUCAUUAUAUUUUCUGAGUUUUUUCUGUUCAUUUGAGCCCCAACUUCGGAGCCCUGCUCCUCUUCCACCUGAGUGUCUCUCUCAUAGGGCUUGUAGUGACCAGUGCUGAGCUCACCCUUUGGCCUUGGUCCAGAACCUCUUGCAGCCUCUUACUCUCGAUGACAUCAGCUGAGAGGGGUGGGCAGGAAGGAAGCAGUGUCUUCCAGACCAGUGGCAAAGAAAGGCCUUAGCAGCCUGGGCACAGAGACUUCUGGGGAUGGCAGUUUGAGGCACUGGGGAGAAGGAAGGAGUGAUCUCGGGUCUGGGAAGAACGUGCUGCCAGUGGUUGAAGAAAGGACGGACUUGGAGUUCUGUUCCUGGCUUAAUAGGCUGAAGAUGGAAACAUCGAGUAUAAACUGAAGCUGGUGAAUCCAUCCCAGUACCGCUUUGAGCACCUGGUGACACAGAUGAAGUGGCGGCUCCAGGAGGGCCGCGGUGAGGCUGUCUACCAGAUUGGGGUGGAGGACAAUGGGCUGCUGGUGGGGCUGGCUGAGGAGGAGAUGCGGGCCUCCCUCAAGACCCUGCACCGGAUGGCGGAAAAGGUCGGGGCAGACAUCACCGUUCUCCGGGAGCGAGAAGUGGAUUAUGAUAGCGACAUGCCCCGGAAGAUCACUGAGGUGCUGGUACGAAAGGUCCCUGACAACCAACAGUUCCUAGACCUCCGUGUGGCCGUCCUGGGGAAUGUGGACUCAGGGAAGUCGACUCUGCUUGGAGUCCUCACCCAGGGAGAGCUGGACAAUGGGCGGGGCCGGGCCCGGCUCAACCUUUUCCGCCACCUGCAUGAGAUUCAAUCUGGCCGAACCUCCAGCAUCAGCUUCGAGAUCCUGGGCUUUAACAGCAAGGGAGAGGUGGUGAAUUACAGUGAUUCACGGACGGCAGAAGAGAUCUGUGAGAGCAGCUCCAAGAUGAUCACCUUCAUCGACCUGGCAGGCCACCACAAGUACCUGCACACCACCAUCUUUGGCCUCACCUCAUACUGCCCCGACUGUGCCCUCCUCCUCGUCAGUGCCAACACUGGGAUUGCUGGCACCACAAGGGAACAUCUGGGGCUGGCCCUGGCCCUGAAAGUGCCCUUCUUCAUCGUGGUCAGCAAGGUGGAUCUCUGUGCCAAGACCACAGUGGAGAGGACGGUACGCCAGCUGGAGCGGGUCCUCAAACAACCUGGCUGCCACAAAGUCCCCAUGUUGGUCACCUCUGAGGAUGAUGCUGUCACUGCUGCUCAGCAAUUUGCCCAGUCACCCAAUGUCACCCCUAUCUUCACACUGUCCAGUGUGUCUGGAGAAAGUCUGGACCUGCUCAAAGUCUUUCUGAACAUCCUGCCACCACUCACAAACAGCAAAGAGCAAGAGGAACUCAUGCAGCAGCUGACAGAAUUCCAGGUGGAUGAAAUCUACACAGUACCAGAGGUGGGGACUGUUGUUGGAGGGACACUUUCCAGUGGAAUUUGCCGCGAGGGGGACCAGCUGGUGGUGGGCCCCACAGACGAUGGCUGCUUCCUGGAGCUGAGAGUAUGCAGCAUUCAGCGCAACCGCUCUGCCUGCCGUGUGCUGCGAGCUGGUCAGGCUGCUACGUUGGCCCUUGGGGACUUUGACCGUGCACUGCUUCGCAAGGGCAUGGUGAUGGUGAGCCCAGAGAUGAAUCCCACCAUCUGCUCAGUGUUCGAGGCAGAGAUAGUCCUACUCUUCCACGCCACCACCUUCCGGCGAGGCUUCCAGGUGACAGUACACGUCGGCAACGUACGUCAGACAGCAGUGGUGGAAAAGAUCCACGCCAAGGACAAGCUGCGGACAGGGGAGAAGGCAGUGGUACGUUUCCGCUUCCUGAAACACCCAGAGUACCUGAAGGUGGGCGCCAAGCUGCUGUUCCGGGAGGGUGUCACCAAGGGCAUCGGCCAUGUCACUGAUGUGCAAGCCAUUGCAGCAGGAGAGGCCCAGGCCAACAUGGGCUUCUGACCUCCCCCAGGCAGGGACAGCACUAUUGCCGUCCCCACAAUAUAUGAGGUGACUUCCGGCCAUGCUGCCCUCUGUUGGCGGCUUUGUGUGUUAAUAGGCUAGGGAAAGAGGGGUGCUCUCUGCCACUUGCUCCCUACCACCUUUCUGGAGAGGUGCCAAGCUUGGUGUGGCCAAAGGGGGUCAGUUCUGAGGGAGAAGAAAGGAGCAUUCAGGGCAAUGUUCCGAAGCUGUAAGCCCACCUGGUUGACUCAUCAACCCUGACAACCCCAUGGCCUGUCUACUGGAGGGAGCUGACUGUGGCCACCUUGGCCCCGCUAUCAGGACUGAGCGUGAUCCACCGAUAUGGUCCCUGCACUUCAGGAAUUUUCACAACUAGGGGUGUCCUUGAAAGCACUCCUUUUUCUAUACCUCUUCUCAAGGCCACAUGAGUUGCUCAUCGCUACCUGACUGUGGACAAAAGAAAUCUGCUUCUGGCCACCUGGUGGCCCAGGGUCUGAAGAAGUGGCACAGGGACAGUGAAUGGCAGUGCUCCCACCCUGUGCUGAGGCCUGAGGCCUGUUUCUCAGCUUUAUCUCCCUUCUUCACUCAAGGGCCAUUUCCCCAGUUCCUCCUCUCACAGGCCCCACAGGUGCUAUUUAUUGUGCUGGCCCAGGCGUGGGGCUGCCAAGCUAAGGCUUGGCAUACUGAAGGUCAGCUGCAUGUCAGUCAGUCAGUCUUGUCACUUAUUCUGCGGUGAUCUGUUGGUUUUAAUGCUGGAUCAAAUCGUAUGUUUUACUUUCCCAGACUAAUGGCUGGGGAUCUGACCCACAGCUCCCCCACCUGCCACUCUUCCCCUUCCCUUCCUGCACCCACAAAGUCCUCUCGUUUUACUAAUUUGCAGUGACCGUCCCCUUCCCUCUGUUGCAGGGAACCAGGAGGAAAGGGAGAGCUAUUGCCAUAUUUCGUACUCCUUAGGGCAUGGACUCCCUCCUUUCCCUUUGUUAGUGUCCUGGGUUCCCAUGGACUCAGGGAUUUGUUGGUUGAGGUUUCUCUGCAUAUAUAUAUAUUAUAUAUAUAUAUAUUGUACAGAAUAAAAAUGUUUUAUUGGAUACACUGUGCUUAUGCUUAAGAUACAGACUUAGUGUCCUGAGCUAGAUUCCUCCCAGAGGUAGGCAGAGACAAAUGAAACUCCAACAUUGCUGACCCCUGAAUGUGGAAAUAUCACCUGACAUAGGAUCAUUGUUCCAGUAUUGUAACCAAGUGUUCUGGCCUGUUUUGCAUAGUUCUUUGAGCUAGCAGAGUAGCUCAGGCUCAGCUGCUUUUUAAAAUACCACUGGUUUAACUUGCUACUAAGAAGCCUGUGGUUGAAAAACUUCCAGUAUUGGAAGUAGAAAGUGAAACUUACCCUUGUAGGCUGAAAUAGGUAGCAACCCUGUAAUAAGGAGCCCUCCACUGUGCCCUGGAACUAGUCCUGUCAAGAGAUUUUGAGAUUAGAGGGCCAGCUGCUUAAGAAGAGUAGAAUUUAAAGAUACGUGGUAAUUUGGCUCUUCAUGCUUUCCCUAGCAAUGACAACUAGCCUGAAAUGAGGUUUAUAUAGCCUAAACUGGAUUCUUGGAGCUGCUAGGGCCACCGGGCCAAAUCUUACUUAGUCCCUCUUCCUGUUUCAGAGUAUCUGAUUAUCACAUUUUAUAAGUAUAAAGUCAACUGCAAAAAAAAAAGAAAUGAAAUUUGGCAAAAGAAAUUUAAUGAUAAAUGAGUGCCAAGGUCCUGUGUGGCAUUCUGCCUCCAAGGUAUUAGUGGUAGCUUCCCUACCACUCAGGCUCAUCCGCUUUUUAAAAAUAUCACUGGUUUAACUUGCUAUUUAGAAGCCUAUGGUUGAAAAACUUCUUUCAGUAUUGGAACUAAAAGCUCUCUACUUCCUUCUGUGCUGUUGCUGAUAAACAACUGAGAAGGAGGAAAGGUUAUAUUCAGGGAAAAGGCACUAGAGCUUUUAUCUAACACUGACGCAUGCAUGGUAACGGGCAGAGUUGUAUCUCCAAGAAAACAGAAGGUGUGCUGCUGGCAUUUCCUGUACUGGUCACCCACUAGCCAGCAUCUCCUUGCCACACACAACCAGUCUCUGGAAGUCCAGUGAAACCUAGGUUUCUACUAUAUUACUUUUCUACAUGACUUCUUCAUUUCCAGGGACAGGAAUAGAAAGAGGUGGAGAAGCCUGUCAAUCCAACUUGAUCUGUAUAGCACCCAAAAGAGAUGAAUGCUUUAUCCAAGGUUUUUGUUUUUUAAAUACUUAUCUUUUCCCUGGUUAAAAGAAAAAGGAAACUUUGGAAAAUCAACAUCUCUGUACUUAGUGAGACAUCUGGAACGAGUGAGCCACUUUCUUAUAUUUAUGGAACAUUUAGGAGGAUAAAAAAGUUGUAUAAGGCAGGCCCCCAAGGAAUAUUGUUUCAGUUCUGGUAAUCAGAUCUAAAAUUUUUCACUAUAUGUACUCAUUCAGUGAGUAUCAAUCACCUGUUAUGUGCAAGGCACUGUGAAGAAUUCUUGCCUUCAAGAAGCUAUAAAUCCAGUAGGGAGAAGGCAAUGUACACUACUAAUUUUUAUUAGAUAUUUAAGAUUACAUUUCCGUAAAAGUAGAAAACAUAUUUGGAGGAAGAAAUAGUUUCCUGCUGGCUUUCAAACUUUUCCCCCUUCUUCAAACUAAGACAUCCCCUUCCCCCCUCCCCAUUUAUAAAUAAGCUAAAAAGUAUUGGUUGGUUUGUGUAUGUGUACGAGAGGGUGGAUAUGUACACCAUUUUCCCUUCCUACUUACCCUCCCCACCACCCAGGUCAGUUUAUUUUUAGUUGGGUUCUCUGCGCAAUUCUAGGUUUCCCAUCAGAUGCCAUGUCAGAAAAGCCAAAAGAGUGGCCUUCCUAUACAUAAGAACGGAGAUUAAGAAUACCGUACUAUAAGUAUUGGACAAGCUGAGAGAGCUCCGGUAAUUAAAAUCAUGAAUUAAAAACCUUAAGUUCACACUUCUCACAACAUGCCAAUGACCCUAAAGGCCCGGGCACUUACCUAUUAAGUUUGUACUUUAGCAUUUAAGGAAAUGCCAUUGCCCUCUACAAGUCUGGCCUUUUGUGUCUUCUAGAUAUCAGUACUUAUCAAACCUUAAGAUGUACACAAAUCACCUGGAGAAUCUUGUUAAUAUGCAGAUUCUGAUUCUGUUCGGAGUGAGGCUGAGACUUUCUAAGAAGCUCUCUGGUGAGGCUGAUGCUAUUUUCCUCAAAUCACACUUGGAGAAGCAAGGUUCUAGAGAUGAUCUAGUUUUGAUCAUGGCUUACCAAUCAAAACAGUUUCUGAACUGUUUCAAUAGCAGUCUCAUUAUACAUUAGAGUAAAAUACAAGCAGUAGAAGGGCCAAUAGCUAAGACUGUAGCCAUAAUAGGGUUUGUUGUUGUUUGGUGCUAUUGAGUCAAUUUUCUACUCACAGGGACCCUAUGUGACAGAGUAGAACUGUCCUAUAGGGUUUUCUUGGCUGUAAUCUUUACGGAAGGAGCCCUGGUAGCACAAUGGUUAAGCACCUGGCUGCUGACUGAAAGUUGGCAGUUCAAACCCACCAACAGUUCCGUGGGAGAAAAGACUUGGCAAUCUGCUCCUGUAGAGCCUAAGAAACCCUAUGGGGCAGUUCUGCUGUCACAUGGGGCCAUAUGCAUCAAAAAUUGACUCAGCAUCACCUAACAACAAUCUUUAUGGAAACAGACCACCAAGUCUUUCUCCCUUGGAGUCGCUGGGUUCAAACUGCCAACCUUUCAGUUAGCAGCCUAACAUAACCAUUACAUCACCAGGGCUCCUUUAUGAUAGGGUUUACUUGCAUGAAAUUCAGUAUUUAGUAGCUUUUGUGUACAAAGCCCUGCCCUAAACUACUUACCAUAUCACUUUAGGGUCCAACUCUUCCCUCCCAUUCUCCAACUAAAAAUACAGAGUUUGGGUCAGCGUGUUAUCUGAACUGUUCCUGUAACACAGCUGAUGGGAAACUUUUUAAAAACUCCUUUUUUUUUUUUUUUAACUCUGUUCCUUCUGUAUGCCGUCUUUAAGCUAGACACUUUGUACGUUAUUUAUCUUCAAUAAUCUAUAAAGUAUUCUCAGUUCUACAGAUGAGGAUAGUGACCUGCUCAAGGCCAUACUGAGGCAGAGCAAGGUAUGGAACCAGGUCUCUUAGGCUCCAGGGCCCACACACUUUUAAUUAUAUAACACUGCCUCCCUAAACUUGAAAGAUUAAAAAUUCAAAGUAGCUAUAUCUCUGGAAGAUGGUUUUUUUAAUCUCUGGCAAUGGGGAAACCCUGGUGGCUUAGUGGUUAAGUGCUACAGCUGCUAACCAAGAGGUCGGCAGUUCAAAUCUGCCAGGUGCUUCUUGGAAACUCUGUGGUGCAGUUCUACUCUGUUCUGUAGGGUCACUAUGAGUCGGAAUCGACUCAACAGCAGUGGGUUUGGGUUUUUGGGUUGGCAAUGGGGAAGCCCUGGUGGUGUACUGGUUAAGUGCUACGGGUGCUAACCAAGAGGUCAGCAGUUCGAAUCCACCAGGCGUUCCUUGGAAACUAUGGGGCAGCUCUACUCUGUCCUAUAGGGUGACUAGGAGUUGGAAUCGACUUGACGGCCAUGGGUUUGGUUUUUGUUUUGGGUUGGCAAUGGGAUUAGAAUCCAUGCCUAUGAAGAGUUGAGAGCCUUAACACAGCACCUAACUGGACUAUUUUUCUUACUAAAAACUUCUUAAAGUUAUGGAUUUC